AUGACGACAACUGUGCCCAAAGUGUUUGCAUUCCAUGAGUUUGCUGGUGUCGCAGAGGCCGUGGCAGACCAUGUUGUACACGCGCAGAACCUGGCGCUAUCUAAAGAGCCGUUCGCGCUGAAGAAUGGCGGCAGUGGAGGCGCAUCUCAAGGUGCUGCCAAUACCAACGGAUCCCUUUCAGUUCCUCAACUUUCCGGCCAAGUUUCUCGGCAAGCGAGUGCAAGGAGUAUCUCCGGCAGAGAGCAUAGUACCGCUGCAAGCGGAUCUUCAAAUCCGAACCUCAGAGCUCCUAGCAGUAGCAAGCUGAAAAAAAUUAAGGAGAAAAGAUUCAAAAUCGCACUCUCGGGUGGCUCCUUGAUUCAAGUGCUGCACGAAGGGUUACUCAAACGACACGACGUUCAAUGGGGAAAAUGGGACAUAUACUUUGCAGACGAAAGACUGGUACCUUUCGACUCUUCUGAGUCAAACUUUGGUCUUACGAAGAGAAAGAUAAUCGACCAUAUUGAUACAGAGAUGUACGGAUCGCCUCGUAUCUUCCAUAUCAAUGAAUCACUAAUCGAAGACCCUCAGGAAUGUGCCGACGACUACGAGAAAUUGCUCAUCAAGGGCUUUGCAGGCAGAGACUCCGUGAAACUACCGAUGUUUGACCUUUUACUUCUGGGAUGUGCACCAGAUGGCCAUAUUGCAUCCUUAUUUCCGAAUUUUCAAGAAAACCUUAGAGAGAAUCUCGCGUGGGUUAUACCGGUGACACAAGCUCCUAGUGGACCUUCUAAUAGAAUUUCACUCACUAUUCCAGUAAUUUGUCAUUCCCAUCAAGUUACAUUCGUGGUUGAAGGUGCCACCAAAGCCCCUGUGGUGAAAACAAUCAUGGAACGCCCAGAAAAGAGUCUACCCAGCAGCAUCGUAAAUGAAGGCGCUGCAGGACGCGUGGCGUGGUUUGUGGACGAUGAUGCAUUAACUGACGUUCUCGUAACUAAGAAAAAAUACAAAUUCUUGGUGAAUGUCGACGAACCCAAUCCAACUAAUGCUGAAAGCUAA